AUGACACGCCCCGCCGUCUCGCUGCUCGCCGCAGCGUUGGUGGUCUUCCUCGCCCUCACCCCGGGCUGGGCUCAAAUGCUGGACGCUACGUCAGAAGAGGAGGUCAUCGCCACCCUAAAGGCCCUUCCCGGCUGUCGGGACCUGGAUGUGGCAAACCUGCAGAGCCCGCCGGUGUGUCAGGAGUGGUCCACACAGGCUGCAUCCGUUGCAUGCCCACCAGAGUGCGGCGAGUUCUUCGAGAAGGUUGGGGCGGAGUGCCUUGUGAACAUGGGCCUCUUCAUCAACGAGCUGAUGGGGGUGACCAUCCCCGCUGAGGAGUACACCCAGACCGAGGCCUUCAGCGCCUACCCGACUUGUGCGGGUUCGGACUGGGAGCUGGCGGCCUGCCCAGACGCCCAGAAUUGCUACGCCCAAACGCUGGCCGGCCUCAGCGCCCAGCUGUCGGUAGAGAGCGCGUGUGCCACAUCCAGCUCCUGCGGGAUGCUGAUCGCUGCCAUGGGCUCUGAGUGCCUGGCCGACGUCAGUGUCGGCCUGCUCAACCGGACUGGACUGAUCUCCUCGUUUGGCUCUGCCGAACAGGCCAAGGAGCUGCUGUGA